AACCCUGUCUUCCCGAGUGGAUGCCAGUGUUUCCUGGCAGGUCUAAGCCUGAGCUGUACAGCAUCGCCUGUGCUCGCCACAGCCUUGUUGAUAAGCUGUGGUGCAGUCGUCACAGGAGACUGAUUUUAGCGGGGAAGCUAUUAAAAUAUUUGAAGAAGCUCUCCGCCUUGCCUAUAACAGUAGACAUUCUUGUGGAGACAGGCGUUGGGAAGACGGUAAAUAGCUUACGAAAACACGAGCACGUGGGAAGCUUUGCCAGGGACCUCGUGGCCCAGUGGAAGAAGCUGGUUCCUGUGGAGCGAAACACUGACCCUGAUGAACAGGACUUUGAGAAGAAUGAUUCCCGAAAGCGCCCCAGGGAUGUUCUUCAGAAGGAGGAGGAGGAGAUAGAGGGGGACUAUCAAGAAAACUGGAAAGCCUUCAGUAACCAAUCAUAUAGUCCUGAUCACAGACAGAAAAAACACAGAAAACUCUCAGAGUUCAAAAGACCUCACAAAGUGUCUCACAGUCAGGAGAGACGAGAUGAGCGAAAGAGGGGCCACAGGGUUUCACCAGUUUACUCUUCAGAUCAUGAAUCUUCCGAUUACGGCCAUGUGCAGUCCCCUCCAUCAUCCAGCAGUCCUCAUCAGAUGUCCGUGGACCAUUACAGGUCCCCAGAUGAGGACCAUGAGCCCUUUGUUCCACACCAGAAGCCUGGAAAGGGCCACAGUAAUGCCUUUCAGGACAGACUCGGGGCCAGCCAGGAAAGACACCUGGGUGAGCCCCGGGGGAAAGGGGUUGUGAGUCAGAACAAGGAGCACAAAUCAUCCCAUAAAGAAAAACGUCCAGUGGAUGCCAGGGGAGAUGAGAAGUCGCCUUUGAGCAGAGAGAAAUCCCACAAGGCCAUCGCCAAAGAGGAAAACCGGAGGCCCCUCUCAGGGGAUGGCACAAAGGAGAAAGCGCCCUCUAGUGGUACCAAGAAAGAGAAGGACAGAGAGGGCAACUCCAAGAAGUUUUCAUCCCCCUUGGAGACUGCUUCAGACAACCACCGUAAAAAGCAAAAGCACAAAGACUCAGAGAAAACUAAAUCAGACAAAAACAAGCAAAGUCUAGACAGCUUAGACAGAGGAAAGGGGGCCGGAGACCUGGUGCCCAAAGCAAAAGAGAAGGUUUCUAACAACCUAAAGACUCAAGAAGGGAAAGUGAAAACUCAUUCAGAUAGAAAGUCAGCGGGCUCCCUCCCUAGAGUUGAGGAGACGGAUAUGGAUGAUGAAUUUGAGCAGCCCACCAUGUCUUUUGAGUCAUAUCUCAGCUAUGACCAGCCCCGGAAGAAAAAGAAAAAGAUUGUGAAAACCUCAACUGCGACCACUGGAGAAAAAGCACUUAAAAAAAAUGAUUCGAAAAGCACUAGUAAAAGCUCGGAUACAGUUCAGAAAUUGCCUAAGGUGAGUGAAAACAAGUCAGAGAAGCAUCAGGCAGCUGGAGCCGAUGCAGCCAAGCCGAGAAAGGUCCCCAUCGAUGUCCUGCCAGUGUUGCCAGACAUCCCAUUACCUGUGAUACAGGCCAAUUACCGGCCACUUCCUUCCCUCGAAUUGAUAUCCUCCUUCCAACCAAAGCGAAAAGCACACUCUUCUUCCCAGGAGGAGGAGGAAGUUGGAUUCACUGGACGAAGAAUGCAUUCUAAGAUGCAGGUGUACUCUGGUUCCAAGUGUGCCUAUCUCCCCAAAAUGAUGACCUUGCACCAGCAGUGCAUCCGGGUACUUAAAAACAACAUUGAUUCAAUCUUUGAAGUGGGAGGCGUCCCGUAUUCUGUUCUUGAACCCGUUUUGGAGAGGUGUACGCCUGAUCAGCUGUAUCGCAUAGAGGAAUACAAUCAUGUAUUAAUUGAAGAAACAGAUCAAUUAUGGAAAGUUCAUUGUCACCGAGACUUUAAGGAAGAAAGGCCAGAAGAGUAUGAGUCAUGGCGGGAGAUGUACUUGAGGCUUCAGGAUGCCCGAGAGCAGCGGCUACAAUUAUUGACAAAGAAUAUCCGAUCUGCACAUGCCAAUAAGCCCAAAGGCCGACAGGCAAAGAUGGCUUUUGUCCACUCUGUAGCCAAACCACCUCGUGAUGUUCGAAGGAGGCAGGAGAAGUUUGGAACAGGAGGAGCAGCUGUGCCCGAAAAAAUCAGGAUUAAGCCAGCCCCCUACCCCAUAGGAAGCAGCCAAGCUCCCUCCAACAGUGGCAGCAGCAAUAGCUUUACCGCCAGCCCGGAAGAGCCCGCCUACGAUGGCCCCAGCACCAGCAGUGCCCACUUGGCGCCUGUGGUCAGCAGCACCAUUUCCUAUGAUCCCAGGAAACCGACUGUGAAGAAAAUUGCCCCCAUGAUGGCUAAGACAAUUAAAGCUUUCAAGAACAGAUUCUCCCGACGAUAAACUGAGGACUUGCCUUGGAGAUGGAAUUUGGGGGUGAGGAAGACAAGGACAGUGGGGGUUGGGGAAUGGAACUUCCAAAGGAGACCCGAGUCUUCUGCUUUGUGGCAGCGUUGGUCUCCGAGUCCUGCACAGUCCGCUGGUGUCGCAUCUGUGAGCCUGUGCCGCGCCACUGCCUCCUGCCUGAGAACACUUCAGAACUCUGAAGAAGAUGUGAAGCCUCAGUCUCACUGAGCAUUUUAAGGUCAAUUAUACUUCUGUUGUUAUUUAGCUUCUUUGUAAACUAUAAGAUAGUUUUAAUUAAUAAAUAUUGCCCCAGAUUGUAUUUAUAUUA